GGGGGUAGUUAAGCUAAAAAUAAACGCAAAAUUUUGCUAAAAUGCAUCAUGCCUUUUGGUUAAAAUUUGCCGCCUAGAAAAACGACGAAAAGUACGAAUAAUAAUUAGCCACGUCACAGUGGCUCGUCAUCGGGGAGGAUUCACAGGUCCUUGUCACGUUUAACGCAAGUAUCGGAAAAUUCGCAUAUAGCACGGUGUCGUUUCGGACCGAGUGAGAAACAGAAGGUACCCUAAACGGUGUAUUUGUUGCGAGUGAAAAUAUUAGUUCGCUUGCCGGUCGGAACAGAAAAAGAAAGGACCGCAAUCAUGCAAAUCCCGUACAUGAAGGUGGCGAUCUACUCGCUCACCUUCCUCACGUACGCGUACACCGGUUACGGUUCCAAUAUGAUUGCGAAUUUGCGCGAUGCCAUCAUCGCCGCGGAAGCUGUAUUCGGGGACGUGAUGAAAAACGUGGUGCAUGUGGCAAAGAAGUUCAAAGUCGUCCACGAAGUGUUCGACGCAGCUGUCGAGGAAAAUUGCAUCUACAAAUGUCCUGGCGACAUAACUCCUUCCCGAAACAAGUUCUACAUCCCACAAUCGGAUGGAUGCGGUUCUCUUGGGAUGAAGAUCAGCACCGAAUACUUGCCGGCCGUAGAAAUGGAGCAAUGCUGCAACGCUCACGACGUUUGCUACGACACGUGCAACAGCGACAAGGAACUUUGCGAUCUGGACUUUAAGCGCUGCCUAUAUCGAUACUGUGACGAUUACGAGAAAAAUGUGGUGGGCGAAAUCGUCGUAAAAGGUUGUAAAGCGGCAGCUAAGAUGCUGUUCACCGGUACGAUCACGUUGGGCUGUAAAUCGUACCUUGACUCACAGCAACGAUGUUGCUACUGUCCGCCAGAAAAGACGGAUGGAGCCAAACAGGAUGGUACGAAGGCGGAUGGAAGGUAUGCCGACUCCAAGGGCCCGAAGGACUACGGUAAGGAUAGGGACAAGGGAAAGGACAAGAACAAAUAUGGCUGGAAGGAGCUGUAGAUGCAGAAUCGCAUCUGUAUGGAGCGAAGGAUGACCCAGAAGUCUGUACAAUACUGUGAUUAGAUUAGCGAAGCUCGACUAGCGUGCCUCGUAAUGGUUACCAUCCGUGUGAAAUAAAAGAC